AUGGCACAGGUAUCUUCAGGACGCUUCGAGGCUAUGCCUCAGUACAGACAAUCACAGAGACACGUCUCGUUCGCACAGGACCCAGCACCUGUGGCGCAAAUGACGAGAUCGGUCUCGCCUAUCCAGCAGCAGACCUCCAGAUUACGAGCAUUCGGCCACUCGUCUCUGAUGCCCACCGGCUCCUCCAAGACCAAGCCCACCACAACCCGACCCGAGACGUCAUUCCCCUUCAAGAUGCCAACGGGAUGGGGCUCCAAGUCCAAGGCUGCCGAGACCGCCGUCGAGGGUCCUCCUCUCAGACCAUCAUACCCCCCCUCGGGACGGACGUCGACGAACCCUCGUCCCUACGACAUCCAGCAGGGACCCGUGGUUGCCAUGUCAAACGAGCGACAGGAAUCAGUCAACAACAGGAUCAGAAGCCAGCAGAACUCCGCAGUCUCAAUCCCCCAAGAUUCGAGGAGACAAAACUCAAUUGGCGCCACUCCCGGCCCCCUUGAGCCCACCACUAGACAGCCAACCGUCUCUUUCGCUCCUGACCGAAGGAGGCAGCAGUCUACCUUCUCCCUGAACCCUCACCUGGGCAGGCAAACAUCGUUCGCCGCCAUGAACCCUCAGUUCAUCAGACAAACCACGAUGCCCAUGAGCAUGCCCUCGAGGAAGGCCGCACAGAACCCUCCAUCACCCAAGAAGGUCGUCAAGGAGAGCCGGCCUGAAUCCAUCACACCGGAACUGGAGAACUACAAGUUGUACGACAACAAGUGGGACCUCACCUCCCCUACUUACAACUCCAUCACUACCAGAGCCUCUACCGGCAUCCUGGGAUCGACUGCCAGGAGGACUUCAGAGGUCCGCAAGCGUGCCACCACUGCUGCCAACGCCCGCAUCCCCCAGCAGCAAGAAGAGGAAGACCCCAUCGUUCCCGCCCCUCUUCGCACCAACAGCAUCCGCAAGACCAGGAUUGCAUCUCGCCAGACUGGCUUCUACGGUGCCCCAGAGCAGCCCAUGCCUUCUCCCCGUCUCAACAACUUUGAAGACUCGGACUCGGACUCUCUUGGUGAGGACGCCGACUUCACCCCCGCCGUCUACUCGAAGCGCGCCUCAGGGAUCAAGGUUAUCAGACCUCGCAAGAACACCUUGUCGGGCCGUGUCAAGCCACCCCAGCCAUUGCAGCCCAAGCCCAGAUCUUUCCAUCCCAGCCGGGUCGAUACCCUCAACUCUAUCGCCGAGGCCACUUCGGCCCUGGAAGAGUUCGAGUUCGACCCUGAGCCCGUGAUGCACCGAGACGGAAGCAUCUCCAUCACAUUGGACGACGAGCUUGAGGAGGAGCUCCGACUUGUCCGAACACCAUCGCUGCAGUCACAGAACGAUUGGCGACAGCGCAGAAACUCGGAUGCGUCAGAGGACCCUUCGACUUUUUCCAUGCCCUCUACUCCCUCUGACCAUGGAGACCAUGCCACCUUCCCCGACAACUACGGCCCCGAUAGCCGAUCCUCCAGCCCAUUGUCCUUCCAGGCUGAGGAAGGUCUCGAGCCCGUUGUGGUUGACAUGGACCACCUUUCCCCCGUCACACCUCUCAUGCUUGUCACCCCCAGGCCAUUCGGCGCUGGCGUCGUUGGCCCGGAGGUGCAGGAGGUAGAGGAUUUCAUGGCACAGAAGUCACCCGACAUGGAGCCCACUCUCCCUACACCCCGACCUCUCAUGGCCCCCCGAGGCUCGAGGACAUCCAAGACCGAGAAGAGAAUGCCCAUCUUCUUCGAGCAGUCUUCCAUCGACACCCUCCGCCGCUCCAUUGAGCAGCGAAGCUUCGGUCGACCCACAGGGCGACCCAACCGGGGACGUUCACCCCAUGACGAGGACGAGCUCUUCCUCGAAGAAGUGACCCCCGACAACAAGGUCAGAAUUGGAUCGCAGCAUCCCGUCCCGGUUGAGGACCAGUAUUACUCGCGCAUGUAUGGAACCUCCGAACCAUCUUCUUGCUUUGACUCUGACUCUGACUCAGAAGUGGAAGUAGGUUUUGAAGAGGGGUCCAUUUGCUCCGGCAGCGAGGCCUCUGAGCUGGACUACAGCACCUUUGAUUUCCCAUGGAUGGACACGCCCACUGCCCACGUGGAGGAAGAACGCGGGAGGCCCCUAGUUUCCCGCAAGCCUGUGCCUCCUAGCGUUGAGCAGAGAAUGGUAAACGACGCCAUGUCAGUGCGAUCUAUGCAGUCCAUGCAAUCCAUGCAGUCUGAAUGCUCCUAUGCCGGCACCCCAACCGGCACGGGAGAGAACGCCGGUCGCUUCCCCAUCGACAGGCUCGACCACUCUGUCCAGGCUCCUGACUUUGACAACUCGCUCAUGGUCAACGGCCAUGUCAACCCCCUCUCAGCGCACUCGAUCCGGUUCAACGAGGGCGAUGCUCCCAAGGUCAACAAGAAGGCCAUCUCCCCCAUCAACACCCAGAACCUGGCUCACCUCCAGAACGAUGUCCCCCACAGCGCUCCCGUUCACUCCAGCCCCCGAGCUCCCACUCCCAGCGACGCUCAUCUCGAGGCACUGUUCAGGAGCACGACUCCCACCAUCAUCUCCCCCAACGUGAUCGAGGGUCCUUCACUCAACCUCAAGCAGAGGACCAGACCCUCUGCUCGAUGGACUUCUCGCUUCACCCACUUUGGCCAGAAGAACCUGACCCGCAAGGCUAAGCAGGUCACGCCUCCCACCGAUACCCUGGAGAUUGAAUGCUUCAAGGGAGCCAAGCUCCUCCAAGGCUUCUGCAACCAGGGCGUUGUCCCUCAGGGAGCUGAGAAGCUGCCCACUGAGCUCAUGGCCGAGCGAAUGAUCAACAUCCCCCAGGAGGUCAUCCGCGGAGCCAUCGGCUUGAUCAUCUUCAACACCUUCCGUGGUGGCAUCAGCUUGGCUGGUGGAUCCGGAACUGGACUCAUUGUCGCUCGUCUUCCUGACGGAUCAUGGAGCCCGCCUUCUGCCAUCCACGUGGCGCACUUCGGUGGUGGUCUCUCUGCCAGCGUUGACAUGUUGGACUCCAUCUGUGUCAUCAACAGCGAGGAGGCCCUGGCUGAGUUCAUGGGAAUGCGUGUGGUCUUGGGCUACAACGUGCCCAUCAAGGACGGCCCUUGGGGCCGAGGCGAGACCAUCGACCCCAGACUCGCCAGGAGCCACAGGCGAAACGAGUCUAUGGAGAGCGACGACAGCAUGGGCUACACUCCCUCCUUCGAGCUCAACAAUGGCCGCAUGACCCUCAAGCUCCACGAGGCCCCCGAGACCGCCCCCAUGUACAUCUACGUUGCGUCCAAGGGACAGUGCGUUAGCUGCAGCUACGAGGGAAGUGUCUUCACCGAGCGCAAGGACGUCAACCACCGCUACUACGGUGAGGUCAUGAGCGCCGAGGGCAUCCUCCGCGGAUACGUCGAAGUUCCCGAGGGAUGCGAGGCCAUUGCCGCCCUCCAGUCCGCUCUCUGCGCCGCCGAGUACGAGCCUAUGGUGCCCGAGCCCAUGGAGCAGAGAUACCCCCGAUCGCCCGCGAGGAUGACCAUGAGCUUCCCCGACGACAACUAA